GUCUUAUCCAUAAAGUAAGUGAGUGAGUCAUAUCUCAUAUGUUGUUUAUUGUCUCUCCAAUUUCAUUCCGAUUACACUCAGACAAACCACUCUUACCUCAAACCUCAAACCUUUCUAUAACCCUUCAUCAUCGCCGUCGCUUUUCUUCCACCGUUAGAAAAAAAUGCAAGGGGCAGCUAGAAGUCUUCUCUUAAAUGGAAAAAAUGCUGUCUUGCAACAUGUACGCCUAGGAAAUCAAAUUUUGAGACCUAUUGCAUCUGCGCAUUUUGAGUCAACUGUGCCUGCUCGUAUAGAUGAGCAUGGCUUUGAGAGAACCACCAUUUCUGAUAUCUUGAAAGAAAAGGGUAAAGGGGCUGAUGGCUCGUGGCUUUGGUGCACAGUUGAGGACACUGUUUACGAUGCAGUCAAGUCGAUGACACAGCACAACGUGGGUGCUUUGGUGGUUGUGAAGCCUGAGCAGGAAAAAUCAAUUGCUGGUAUCAUCACUGAAAGAGAUUAUCUGAGGAAAAUCAUAGUGCAAGGAAGAUCCUCAAAGUCCACCAAGGUUGGCGACAUCAUGACUGAGGAAAACAAGCUUAUUACGGUUACACCUGAAACCAAAGUUCUGAAGGCAAUGCAGCUGAUGACAGAUAACCGCAUCAGACACAUCCCAGUGAUUGAUGAUAAAGGGAUGAAAGGUAUGGUGUCCAUUGGAGAUGUAGUUCGUGCAGUGGUUAGCGAGCACCGAGAUGAAUUAGACCGCUUGAACGCAUUUAUUCAAGGGGGUUACUAGACGAUGAUGAUGACGAUAAUGCUUUGUUUCAUGUGUGUCAUAAACUAUCAGUACACCUUUGACUAUGGGCUUCAAGCCUGUUGUUUCCAUUUGUUUUAUGGUUGUUCACUCAUCUGGACAUCAGACCAGUGUCUGAGAUACCAGAACAUGUGUAAUGGAUUAUUAUAUGCUAAUAAAAGGGUGAAAACUAUGGAUUAUUUUA